AUCUUCCUGUUUUGUUUUGUUUUUUGAGCGGUUUCAACAGAUUUUGAUUUUGCGUUUUCUCAACUUUUUUGAAAAAAAAUGGAGGUGUUCACAGAAGAGAAAUGUUGCAAAUAUUGCGAAGAGAAGAUCGAAAUCUGUAUUAGUGAAGGACUUGAAUGUACAGAAUGUAGAAAACAGGUACACUUGAAAUGUUUAAAAAGGGGUUCUGUACCUGGUGGUCUUUACGGUGAUGUCUUCUUUUCUUUAACUUGCCAGGAAUGUUCAACAGAUGAGAUGGAAUUGUUUACAAGAAUGAAAUUAUCAUGGUUACAGGUGAUAGUACUGGUUCUUUUUCACCUUCAAAAUAAAAGCCCAGGACUUGCCAGAAAAGGGUUUUUCCAUUGGAGACAUCAUGUUGCCAAAUUUAUAGACAAAAAUUGGGAAAUAAUAUUUACCAGUGAUGUUAAAAGAAAGAAAAAAUGGACUGGUACUAUAGCAGGGACAUUGUCACAUUUUAGUAAUUACAUAUUCCUUUCUGGCACAUCUGUUGUCAAUGAAACAGCUUUUUGGACUUUGAUGUAUCCAAAGUUAACACCAUUUGCAAUUUCCAGCAUAUACUCUGUCAUGGCAGUAGAAAAACAACAGUUGAAAAAUAAGAAAGAAAAAGUUUCUUCAGAUGCUGAUCUUUUUAAUAACACCAUAUUUACCUGCAUGAAAAAUGUGGAUUUAUUGCAAAUAUUUAGCAGUGUGCAGAUCGUUUCCGAUGUGAAAGAAGACUCAAACAAUACCAUCAUAGACAUGGAGUGCAAUCAAAAAGAUUUGAAACCGAAAAACAGUAAGAGAAUAAGUGUCCAACCCCAAUUUGAAACAUCAUCAAAAAAAAUGAUGAAAUUGGUUAGUUCCACAGCAGCAUUUUCAAAUGACCUAGCAACGAAUUUCAAGCCACUAGAUCAACCAGAGAAAACUGAUGACAUAAUAUCUAAUGCCACGAAAGAAGAUAUAACAGUAAAAGAGUUUGUGAAGCUCUUGGAUCCAUUUUGCCAUUAUAACACCUCCCUGAAUAAUAUUUCAAGAAUGAAAGGCCUCACUCUACAUGCCAAACUCACCGGUGGGAUACGACCAGAACUGAUAUUGUCCCCUUACAGUGAGAUAUACCUGAAACCAUAUAUUCGCAGAGAUACAGAGACUUUUCCUGUUUGGUUAAAACUUAUGGCGGAGGUUCAACUUGCAGGCAAUAAAAAUGACAAACAAUACCAUUUACCACCCAGAGGUCCUAUUGAUUACACCUACAUUCAACCUCAGCAUAUUCCAGCAAUAAAUAGUAUUUGUAAUCAAUUUUUUUGGCCAGGCAUCGAUUUGACAGAAACUCUUCAAUAUCCAGAUUUUAGCUGUGUGGUUUUAUAUAAAAGACUCAUCAUAGGAUUUGCGUUCUUGGUACCUGAUGUGAAUUACACGGAAAAUUAUCUUUCAUUCAUAUUCACUAGACCCUAUUGGAGGAACUGUGGAAUUGCGAAAUUCAUGAUUUAUCAUUUAAUCCAGACAAGCCUUGGAAGAGAUAUCACCGUCCAUGUUUCAAUUAAUAAUCCUGCCUUAUUACUCUACCAGAAAUUUGGAUUCAAAGUGGAAAAUGUUGUUCUAGGAUUUUAUGAUAAGUAUUUACGUAGUGAUGUGAAUGAUUCGAAAGAUGCUUUUUUUUGUCGAUUGGAGAGAUGAAUGAUAGGUACUUUGUUUAUGUGGGUGGUUGCCCACAGUGUGACCAAUCAAAAAUACUAUGAAAAUAGUAAAUCGAUUAUAAUAGUAUCAUCAUUUCAAUACAGCUUUUUACCUG